GGUUGACCCACUUCGCCCACAUCCUCUUUACCAACAAAGCCCCAUUUUUUUCUUCUUUUUAUUAUUUUAAUAUCCACACUUGCCUUAAACCUCUCUUAUAUAUCUAUAUAUACAUAUGUAUGUCUUCAAGCAAAUCGAAGUCAUAUUUUCAUGCCUGUCGAUUUAAAUUCCUUUCUUUUGAUUAGAAAAAUGGAUGCAAAUUCUUUGGAUGAGAGUACAACGACUGAUUCCACAUCUAUUUCUCCACCGACUUUCCCUGCUUUUGCGUCUACAAAGUCAUUACCUCAGACACUUUGCCGAGUUGGGAGUGGAGCCAGUGUUGUUGUGGACUCUGAAAGUGGCAUCGAGGCUGAGUCGAGGAAGCUUCCGUCGUCUAAAUUCAAAGGAGUCGUGCCUCAGCCGAAUGGCCGAUGGGGUGCUCAGAUAUAUGAGAAGCACCAGCGAGUCUGGCUUGGGACCUUUAAUGAAGAAGAAGAGGCUGCAAAAGCCUAUGAUACUGCUGCGCAGCGUUUCCGUGGGCGUGAGGCAGUCACCAACUUCAAACAAACGGCGGAAACCGAAGAGAAUGACAUCGAAAUCGCCUUCUUGAACUCUCAUUCGAAGGCGGAGAUCGUUGACAUGCUCAGGAAACAUACGUACAACGAUGAACUUGAGCAAAGUAAGAGAAAUUACAGUCUCGAUGUCAACGGAAAGAGAAUAAAAGUCGAGGGUGGAAUUAACUCGUUCGGCUCGGACCGGGCCUUGAAAGCGCGUGAACAGCUUUUUGAAAAAGCGGUAACGCCGAGUGACGUAGGGAAGCUGAACCGGUUGGUGAUACCAAAACAACAUGCCGAAAAGCACUUCCCUUUACAAAACCGAAUCACUUGUAAAGAAGUGCUUUUGAAUUUCGAAGAUGUUAAUGGGAAAGUAUGGAGAUUUAGGUACUCUUAUUGGAACAGUAGUCAAAGUUACGUGUUGACUAAAGGGUGGAGCCGGUUCGUGAAGGAGAAAAAUCUAAAAGCCGGUGAUGUGGUGAGCUUCCAGAGAUCCACCGGAGCCGAUAAGCAACUGUAUAUCGAUUGGAAAGCAAGAAGCGGAGGGGGUAUGGAGAAAGCGGUUGAAGGGGUUCAGAUGAUGAGACUAUUCGGAGUAAACAUAUUAAAAAUACCUGUGAAUGGGGAGGGGGUUGAUAAGAUGAACAGUGGGAAGAGACUGAGUGAAAUGGAGGUGUUGUCAAUGGAGUGUAUUAAGAAACGAAGGAUGAUUGGAGUUGGAGCUUUGUAACAUUUAGUUUUGUAAGUUUGUCGUAAUUUUGUUUGGAAUUUUGUGAAGGUUAAAGUCUCAUGGAGGUGGUGUGGUGUAGUUGCAACUUGUAACUUGCAAAAGGUGAAAUGUAAAUUACAAGACAAAAAUCUGAAAUUAGGUGUAACUCAGCUCAGCUGUAAUAUCUAAAAAAAUUAGGAAUAAUUUAUAACUCUCAAUUAAUUGUUGAUCA